AUGUCUGGGGAACCUCUUCUCGAUUUGGACGAACAUUACGAAGAGCCCUUGCCUCCACACGAUGAAGAAGAUAGUCAGAUAGGAAGCAGCGAUAUAAGCGUGCCUGUGAAUGGUGAUAGUGAGCACAACGUUAAAUCUGAUGUGACAACCACGCAGAUUGUGGAAGAGGCAGAAUUAUUGGGUGAUGAUGACGACAGUGAUGACGAAGAAGUGGUUGUCACUAUUGGACAAAUUAAGCAAAACGUUCCAUUUCCUACUGCGAAAGCAGCCGGAAGUAGUGUUGGUAAACUUGAUAUCGAUGGAACUCCAACAAUCAAUGGAGAACCAAUAUAUGACUUAGACUUGGCACAGAUGGAGGAGAGACCUUGGCGAAAACCUGGUGCUGACAUUACGGAUUACUUCAAUUACGGAUUCUGUGAAGAGACGUGGAAUAUGUAUUGCGAGAGACAAAGGAAAUUAAGAUCUGAAUAUGGUACACAAGCAGCUGUUAACAAGGCCCUUUUCUCGAGCAUCACUCUUGUUCCUCCAAUUUCACAAAAUACUACUUUAACAGGUGGUCGGCAGUUGCAAACAAUUCCGAUUCUGGGACAGGAAAAAUCAUCAAUGGAUCUCAGCGGUUUCAAAUUGGAAGCAAAUCAGCAGCCCAUAAUGCGCACUAUAUUAACUGGUACAGCACCUAGAACAGUUGGUUCUGGUGGAACUUCCGGAACAUCUUUGUCUGUUUCUACAGUUAGUGUUCUGGAUGGCACUAGCGAUGGAGUUGUAGUACCCCUGGCUCCAGAUAAUUCGGUUUCAUCCUUAACAAAUGUUACCACAUCUGGAACUCCCGACUUUACUAAAGCUCCACCGGAUUUCUCUAAACCACCACCGGUUAUUGAUAUCACAAAUACUGCUAAUAAAAGUAACGUGCCGAUACCAACAGUCUCAGCUCUUUCCAAGAUAUCGGUCCCGGCUAAUGAUGGUCCACCAGGAGUGGAUGAACCAGCGCCACCUGGUUCCUCUACGCCACCGCCAAGUUUCAGUGAUAUGAAUGCACGACAUAUUCCAACGGUUGACACUUCCGUACCACCGCCUGGAUUUAAUCCAAUGUUGCCACCACCGGGAAUUGGCGCACCACCACCCGUAAGACUUGGAUUACCAAAUACAAACGUACCUCCACCAGGUUUCAGCGUACCUCCACCUAACUUUUCACAACCAUCACUCAACUUUCCACCGCCACGAUUCGGUAACUUUAUGUUACCAACUUUCCCACCUCCUGGUCUGGAUCGUCGAGAACUCAAAGAUGAUGACAAAGAUCGAUCCGAUCGUGAUCGUUGUCGUGAACGUGAAAGAGAUCGUGAUUCAGGUGACAGUGGAGAAGAUGAUUACAAUAGCAGUCGACGAAGGUAUCGAAGGCGAUCCAGGUCGUACUCCCCACGGGCUUCAAGACGACAUCGCGAUGACCGAGAUAGGGAUCGGGACUCAGAAAGAUAUCGAGAUAAAGAUCGUGACAGAGAAUCGCGCUCCAGACGACAUCGUUCACGAAGCAGUUCGCCUUAUGAAAGUUCACGCAAUUCACGGAGAAAAGAAGAUCGCGAUAAAGAUAAAGAGAAACGAAGAAAUAAGAAAGAUGAGUCGGGAAUUCGGGCAAAGGAAGAACUUACAGAAGAAAAAGAUGACGAUAAAAGAGAAGGAAGUGAAAGGAAAAAAGAUGAUUCGGAGAGGAGUGAUCGGGACAAAGAUAAAGGCAAGGAUAGGGAUAGGAAAAGAAGGCGUCACCGAAGUGAUGAUAGCCCAGACAAACGUGAGAAAGAGAAGAAAACGAAAGUCAAGGAGGAUCCAUCGGCGUAG